GUAUCUUAUGACCAAUGCAUUUUAACGUUUAGGUUAAUUUUUUUUUGAGGUUAACCAGCAUCAAUGUUUUCAAUUUAAAAUCAUGCGGGCCGUGUAAAUUUUAUGCCCAGUAUCUCAAAAAGAAUAAAAUAAUUUAAGUAUAACAUCAUAAAGUAAAUCAAUGUUUCGCAUAGUAAAAAAUUUUGAUCUGAAAACGAAUUAUAUUUUGAAUAAUUUCAUUAGAUUCAACACACGUAAACAAAAUGUUUCCGAACGAACAAACAAUCAAAUCAUCAGAUGGAAGUAUACAAGAAAAUAAUAAAAGACAUUUGAAUGAUAACGAUGACGAUAACGAUCCAAAAAAAUUAAAAAAAACAGAGCGUAUAAAAAAAAGAAACUUCGCUUUGUUACUUGGGUAUUUGGGUAAAGAUUAUUAUGGCAUGCAAAGAAAUCCACAAAUGAAAACGAUAGAAGAAGAUUUGAUAGGAGCGAUGCUCAAAGCUGAGCUGAUUGACCAAGAGGCAUUCGAAACAAUUCAAUACACUCACUUUCAAAGAGCCGCGAGGACUGACAAAGGAGUGUCUGCUACUCGUCAAAUUUGUUCUGUUAAAUUGCCUGAAUAUUCAACAAUAGAAGAUAUCAAUAAGUUUUUGCCAAAACAAAUACGAGUAUUUGGGCUGAAACGAGUGACAAAAGGAUUUAAUAGUAAAUCGCAGUGUAAUGCAAGGACUUAUACUUACACAUUUCCGACGUAUGCAUUUGCGCCAGAUGAUCCUUCGGUUGUUACGAAAAUUCCGACUGAUGAAGACAUUCAAAAAAGGAUCGAACAACUUUCAGUUAUUGAUGGAAAGCCUUAUACUGAUUUUCGCGCGACACAAGAAUUGCUUGACAAAGUUAAUUCGGUUUUGAAAUUAUAUGAGGGAACUCAUAAUUUUCAUAAUUUUACUUCUAGAGUGAGACCGUUUGACCCGAGGGCUAUGAGAUAUAUAAUAAAAUGUCAUUGUUUAGAAACUCAUAUUUCAAAUAAUGUUGAAUUUGCAACUGUUUCAAUUAAAGGACAAAGUUUUAUGCUUCAUCAAAUCAGAAAAAUGAUGGCACUCGUUAUCAGCGUAGUUAGAAAUCUCGUACCAGACAGUACUAUCGAAGAAAGUUUCAAACCUGAGAAACUUGAAAUUCCCACUGCUCCAAGUUUAGGUUUAGUUCUUAAUCACGUUCAUUACGAUAAUUAUAAUAGAAGAUACGGAUCUGAUGGAAUUCAUGAAAAGCUAGAAUGGGAUGAAUGUGAUGAUCAGAUUAAACAAUUUCAUAAAGAUUUCAUUUUACAACACAUUGAAGAAACCGAAAUCAAUGAUCGAUCGAUGUUACUUUGGCUGGGAGAACUAGCUCGCUAUAAAAUAGGUCAAAAAAUCGUUCUCAAUCGUGACGAAGAAGAAGAAGAAGACGAAGAAGAAGAAAGUGAAGAAAAUGAAAAGCUAGAAGUAAAAUCAUAAUACAAAUUUUUGUUACUUUCAGCAUUUACAUACAAUAAUAAAAAGAAAACAACUGACAACAAAAAUUGAGUAAAAUUUGUUUGACUUUUUUUUUAUUUUGACUUUUCUAUGUGUAGAAUAAAUUCCAAAUGCAAAGAAUAUAUUGUAUUAUAUUGUAAAAAUUUUAUUUCGCUUUAGAGCUGCUCUUCUAAGGCCAACUGAAAUGCACAGCAAAAAUUUAUAAUCGAAAUUAACAUAU